CUUUCUUUUCCUUUUCUAGGAGGGCUGUUGGCCUGCUGCUGUGCUGCUGAACAGUAUGCAGUCCUUUCGGGAGCAAAGCAGUUACCACGGAAACCAGCAGAGCUACCCACAGGAGGUACACAGCUCAUCCCGUAUAGAAGAGUUCAGCCCUCGUCAGGCCCAUAUGUUCCAGAAUUUUGGGGGAGCAGGUGGUGGUAGUGGUGGCACUGGCAGCAAUAGUAGUGGACGUCGAGGAACAGCAACUGCUGCCACAGCAAUGGCUAGUGAGACCUCUGGCCAUCAAGGCUACCAGGGUUUCAGGAAAGAAGCUGGGGAUUUUUACUACAUGACAGGCAACAAAGACCCCGUGGCAGCAGGAACCCCACAGCCUCCUCACCGAAGGCCCUCUGGUCCUCUGCAGAGCUAUGGACCGCCCCAGGGGAGCAGCUUUGGCAAUCAGUAUGGGAGUGAGGGUCAUGUGAGCCAAUUUCAAGCACAGCACUCUGCCCUUGGUGGUGUGUCUCAUUAUCAGCAGGAUUACACAGGGCCUUUCUCUCCUGGGAGUGCUCAGUAUCAACAGCAGGCCUCCAGCCAACAGCAGCAGCAACAGCAGCAACAGCAACAGCAGCAACAACAGCAAGUACAGCAGUUGAGACAACAGCUUUACCAAUCCCAUCAGCCUCUGUCCCAAGCCACUGGACAGUCAGCCUCUGGCUCAUCCCAUCUACAACCAAUGCAGCGGCCUUCAACUCUGCCAUCUUCUGCUGGUUAUCAGUUAAGAGUAGGUUGGUUUGGCCAACACUACCAGUCUUCUGCUUCUUCCUCCUCCUCCUCCUCCUUUCCUUCACCACAGCGUUUCAGUCAGUCUGGACAAAGCUAUGAUGGCAGUUAUAGUGUAAAUGCUGGAUCUCAGUAUGAAGGGCAUAAUGUGGGUUCCAAUGCACAGGCUUAUGGAACACAAUCAAAUUAUAGCUAUCAGUCUCAGUCUAUGAAGAAUUUUGAACAGACAAAGAUUCCACCAGGAACCCAGCAGGGGCAGCAGCAGCAACAACAACAGCAACAGCCACAGUCUCAGCAGCAGCAGCAGCAACAGCAGCAGCAGCAGCAGCAGCAGCAACAUCCCCCCCAGCAUGUGAUGCAGUACACUAAUGCUGCCCCCAAGCUGCCCUUGCAAAGCCAGGUGGGGCAGUACAACCAGCCUGAGGUUCCUGUAAGGUCCCCUAUGCAGUUUCAUCAGAACUUCAGCCCUAUUUCUAACCCUUCUCCAGCUGCUUCUGUGGUUCAGUCUCCAAGCUGUAGCUCUACCCCUUCUCCUCUCAUGCAGAGUAGUGAGAAUCUCCAAUGUGGGCAAGGCAAUGUGCCCAUGAGUUCCAGAAACCGAAUUUUACAGCUAAUGCCCCAACUCAGUCCGACCCCAUCAAUGAUGCCCAGUCCUAAUUCUCAUGCUGCAGGAUUCAAGGGGUUUGGAUUAGAAGGCGUCCCAGAAAAGCGGCUGACAGAUCCUGGGUUGAGUAGUUUGAGUGCUCUGAGUACUCAAGUGGCCAAUCUUCCUAAUACUGUCCAGCACAUGUUGCUUUCUGAUGCCUUGACACCUCAGAAGAAGACUUCCAAGAGGCCCUCAUCAUCAUCUAAGAAAGCAGAUAGCUGUACAAACUCAGAAGGCUCACAGCCUGAAGAACAACUGAAGUCCCCUAUGGCAGAGUCAUUGGAUGGAGGUUGCUCCAGUAGUUCAGAAGAUCAAGGUGAGAGAGUGAGGCAACUAAGUGGCCAGAGCACUAGCUCUGACACCACCUACAAGUGUGGAGCUUCAGAGAAAGCUGGCUCUUCACCAACACAAGGUGCUCAGAAUGAGGCCCCUAGGCUCAGUACCAGUCCUGCAGCUAGGGAAGAAGCUGCAUCUCCAGGUGCUAAGGACACACCACUGUCUGAGGGGAACGCAAAAGUUAAUGAGAAGACAGUUGGGGUGAUUGUCUCUCGGGAAGCCAUGACUGGUAGGGUAGAAAAAUCUGGUGGACAAGAUAAAGGAUCCCAAGAGGAGGAUCCUGCUGCCAGUCAGAGGCCACCUAGCAAUAGUGGUAUAAAGGAAGCCAGCCACACAUCACUUCCACAGCCAGAUCCUCCAGGAGGAGGGAGCAAAGGAAACAAGAAUGGUGAUAAUAGCUCUAAUCACAAUGGAGAGGGGAAUGGCCAGGGUAGCCACUCUGCAGUAGGCCCAAGUUUCACAGGCAGGACUGAGCCUAGCAAAUCUCCUGGAAGUUUGCGCUACAGUUACAAAGAGAGUUUUGGGUCAGCUGUACCACGAAAUGUAAGUGGUUUUCCUCAGUAUCCUUCAGGACAAGAAAAGGGGGAUUUUGCCAGCCACGGGGAACGAAAGGGUAGAAAUGAGAAGUUCCCAAGUCUCCUACAGGAAGUGCUUCAGGGUUACCACCACCAUCCUGACAGAAGGUAUCCUAGGAGUGCUCAGGACCAUCAAGGUAUGACUAGUGGCCUGGAAGGAACUGCAAGGCCCAAUAUCUUAGUCAGUCAAGCCAAUGAAUUAGCCAGCAGGGGCAUUCUGAACAAGAGCAUUGGAUCUCUGUUAGAAAAUCCCCACUGGGGACCAUGGGAAAGGAAGUCAAGCAGCACGGCUCCUGAAAUGAAACAGAUCAAUUUAUCUGACUAUCCCAUUCCCAGAAAGUUUGAGAUAGAACCUGCAUCAUCAGCCCAUGAGCCUGGGGGCUCCCUUUCUGAAAGGAGGUCAGUGAUCUGUGAUAUUUCUCCACUAAGACAGAUUGUCAGGGACCCAGGGGCUCACUCAUUGGGACACAUGGGUGCUGAUGCCAGAAUUGGGAGGAAUGAGCGUCUCAACCCAAGUUUAAGUCAGUCAGUCAUUCUUCCAGGUGGUUUGGUGUCCAUGGAAACAAAACUGAAAUCCCAGAGUGGGCAAAUAAAAGAGGAAGACUUUGAACAGUCCAAAUCUCAAGCUAGUUUCAACAAGAAAUCUGGAGACCACUGCCAUUCUACCAGCAUCAAGCAUGAGUCUUACCGUGGCAAUGUCAGAGACUACAGCUCACAAGAUAGUAGGUCCACACCAAUGCGGCGGGUCCCUGGUAGAGUUGGUAGCCGGGAGACUAUGAGAGGUCGGUCCUCUUCUCAGUACCAUGACUUUGCAGAAAAACUGAAGAUGUCUCCAGGCAGGAGCAGAGGCCCAGGGGCAGACCCUCAUCACAUGAACCCACACAUGACUUUUUCAGAGAGGGCCAACAGGAGUUCUUUACAUGCUACUUUUUCUCCCAACUCAGAAAGUCUGGCCUCUGCUUACCACACAAACACCAGGGCUCAUGCUUAUGGGGACCCUAAUGCUGGUUUGAAUUCUCAGCUCCAUUAUAAGAGACAGAUGUACCAACAGCAACAAGAGGAGUAUAAAGAUUGGACCAGCAGUUCUGCUCAGGGAGUGAUUGCGGCUGCACAGCAUAGGCAAGAAGGGCCACGGAAGAGCCCACGGCAGCAGCAGUUUCUUGACAGAGUACGGAGCCCCCUGAAAAAUGACAAAGAUGGUAUGAUGUAUGGCCCACCAGUAGGGACAUACCAUGACCCAAGCACUCAGGAAGCUGGGCGCUGUCUCAUGUCUAGUGAUGGUCUGCCUGCUAAAGGCAUGGAAUUGAAACACAGCUCUCAGAAGUUACAAGAGUCUUGUUGGGAUCUUUCUCGGCAGACUUCUCCAGGAAAAAGCAGUGGUCCUCCAGGAAUGUCUAAUCAGAAACGGUAUGGGCCACCCCAUGAGACAGAUGGACAUGUACUAACUGAUUCUACACAGUCAUCCAAACCUAGUAAUGUAAUGCUACGGCUACCAGGUCAAGAGGAUCAUUCUUCUCAAAAUCCCUUAAUCAUGCGGAGGCGGGUUCGUUCUUUUAUCUCUCCUAUUCCCAGUAAAAGACAGUCACAAGAUGUAAAAAACAGUAACACUGAUGAUAAAGGACGCCUCCACCCAUCAAAAGAAGGUGCCGAUAAGGCAUACAAUUCCUACACCCUUUCUCACAGUCAAGAUAUCAAAUCUAUCCCUAAGAGAGAUGCCUCCAAGGACUUUGCAAACCCAGACAAUAGAAACUGUCCUGCUGUUACCCUCACAAGCCCUGCUAAGACCAAAAUACUGCCCCCACGGAAGGGACGGGGAUUGAAAUUGGAAGCUAUAGUUCAGAAGAUCACAUCCCCAAAUAUUAGGAGGAGUGCAUCCACAAAUAGUACUGAGGCUGGGGGAGACACAGUCACACUGGAUGAUAUACUGUCUCUGAAGAGUGGUCCUCCUGAAGGUGGGACUGUGGCUACUCAGGAGGCUGAGAUGGAGAAGAGAAAAGGUGAGGUGGUAUCUGACCUAGUCAGUGUAACUAAUCAGGAAUCAAAUGUUGAGAAGCCUCUUCCAGGACCUUCAGAAGAGUGGCGUGGCAGUGGGGAUGACAAAGUCAAGACAGAGGCACAUGCAGAAACAGCUCCUACUGGAAAGGAACCUUCUGGUACUAUGACAUCCACAGCUUCACAGAAGUCUGGUGGUAACCAAGGGAGACCAGAUGGUUCCCUGGGUGGGGCAGCACCACUAAUCUUUCCUGACUCUAAGAAUGUAGCUCCAGUGGGCAUUUUGGCCCCUGAGGCAAACCCAAAGGCUGAAGAGAAAGAGAAUGAAACAGUCAUGAUUUCACCCAAACAAGAAAGUUUUCCCCCUAAAGGGUAUUUCCCAUCAGGAAAGAAAAAGGGGAGACCGAUUGGUAGUGUGAAUAAGCAAAAGAAACAGCAGCAGCCACCACCUCCACCCCCUCAACCCCCUCAGAUACCAGAAGGUUCUGCAGAUGGAGAGCCAAAGCCAAAAAAGCAGAGGCAAAGGAGGGAGAGAAGGAAGCCUGGGGCCCAGCCAAGGAAGCGGAAAACCAAACAAGCAGUUCCCAUCGUAGAACCUCAAGAACCAGAGAUCAAGCUAAAGUAUGCUACCCAGCCACUAGAUAAAACAGAUGCUAAGAACAAGUCUUUCUUCCCUUACAUCCAUGUAGUAAAUAAGUGUGAACUUGGAGCUGUUUGUACAAUCAUCAAUGCUGAAGAAGAAGAACAGACCAAAUUGGUAAGGAGCAGGAAGGGCCAGAGAUCUCUGACCCCUCCCCCCAGCAGCACAGAAAGCAAGGUGCUCCCAGCUUCAUCCUUUAUGCUGCAGGGUCCUGUGGUAACAGAAUCUUCUGUUAUGGGGCACCUGGUUUGUUGUCUUUGUGGCAAGUGGGCCAGUUAUCGGAACAUGGGUGACCUCUUUGGACCCUUUUAUCCCCAAGAUUAUGCAGCCACUCUUCCGAAGAAUCCACCUCCUAAAAGAUCCACAGAAAUGCAGAGCAAGGUCAAGGUUCGGCACAAAAGCACUUCUAACGGUUCUAAAACAGACACUGAGGAGGAGGAGGAGCAGCAGCAGCAGCAGAAGGAGCAGAGGAGCCUGGCUGCUCACCCUAGGUUCAAGCGGCGCCACCGGUCAGAAGACUGUGGUGGAGGCCCUCGGUCCCUGUCCAGGGGACUCCCUUGUAAAAAAGCAGCCACUGAGGGCAGCUGUGAAAAGGCUGUUUUGGACACAAAGCCCUCUGUACCUACCACUUCAGAAGGUGGUCCUGAGCUGGAGUUACAAAUCCCUGAACUACCUCUUGACAGCAAUGAAUUUUGGGUCCACGAGGGUUGUAUUCUCUGGGCCAAUGGAAUCUACCUGGUCUGUGGCAGGCUCUAUGGCCUGCAGGAAGCGCUGGAAAUCGCCAGAGAGAUGAAAUGCUCCCACUGCCAGGAGGCUGGCGCUACGUUGGGCUGCUACAACAAAGGCUGCUCCUUCCGAUACCAUUACCCAUGUGCCAUUGAUGCAGAUUGUUUGCUACAUGAGGAGAACUUCUCGGUGAGGUGCCCCAAGCACAAGCUGAAGCCUUCUAGCCCUUGGAAGGUAAAGGGGCACAGAGCCGAAGAAAUCCCUGGAGAAUGGGGCCAACACCCUUCAUGCCUCCCCUUCCGUGCCCUCUCCCCCCCUUGCAGAACAAGACCGCGAAAGGCAGCCUCAGCACAGAGCAGUCGGAGCGGGGGUGAGGGGGGCAGUGUGCACGUGGGAAUGGACAGCAAGCACAGGUGAGACUGUGGAGAUAAGAAGGUGGUGGACACACGUGAUGGAAUGGAAUCCUCCUGCUGUACAACCACACCCUCACCCUACCCUACCCUGCACCCCCACUGCGCCUGCCCAUGCCAGCACUUCCUUCCCAUGUUUUCACAUCACACUCAAACUGGUGACACCACAGGAGAGAA